UCUGCAGCUUUACAUUUUUCACCUUUUCUUUUUUUCCUUUUCUUACAGGAGUGGGCUGCGAGACCAACAUUGACGAAUGUGAAAGCAACCCCUGUGCGAACGGGGGCCAAUGUGAAGACGGCAUCGACGACUAUACCUGCCUGUGCCCUGCAGCAGGACAAGACGCCACCCCCUGGGGAGGCAAAAACUGUGACACCCAGUUGGUGGGCUGCCAGGAGAACGACUGUCAAAACGGAGCGACAUGCCAACCGACCUACCAGAGCGGCACUCACAACUACUCCUGCCACUGCCCCCCGGGUUUCUAUGAUGACCACUGCAACACCUCAACCACAUUUUCCUUCACAUCAUCAGGCUACAUUCUCAUAGAGGUUCCGCUGACAAACAGAACCAAGAGGGGCGUGGGCACCACCAAAGCCAGCAUCAGCCUCCGAUUCAGGACCACCUUACCUGAUAGGAUUAUAUUUUACAGGGGGGACAACUCAGACUACAUGUACCUGGAGAUCGUCGAGGGCCUCCUUCAUGCUAGGGCAGUGCUAGGGGGCUCUCACGUCAAUACAUCUCUGCCUAGAAAAGUAAAUGAUGGCCAGUGGCAGGAAAUCAGUGUGACUUUGAAAGAUGGUUUAGUGCUGGCCCAUACAAACUGUGAGGAUGGAGACUGCACAAAGACCCAGGAGGGCCAGGAACUGCUCCGUAAUAUUCCAGAGUCCUUCAAGAUGGUCUCUGUUGGUGGGGUCCAGUUUGAGUUCUUACUCAACAACACUGAAAGCAGGAUGAAUUUCACUGGCUGCAUAGAGGACCUCCUGAUUGAUUCCCACCCCGUGCUUCCUCAGAGGAUUUCUGAGAGCAUGGCGGAGGGAUUGCAGCUCGGCUGCAGCAAGCCGGAGUGGUGCGAGCCCAACCCGUGUUCAGAUCAGGGCAGCUGUGUGGAUCUGUGGACCAGCUCCAGAUGCCACUGCUUCCGUCCUUUUCAUGGGCCCAAUUGUUCUAACGAGUACACAUCAGCAACCUUCAGCCAGGAAGACAGCACUAGUUCCGCCUCCUUUAACAUCAGCAGCAGUCACGGCUCCAACUUCACAGUCUCCUUUUUCCUGCGCACGCUGAAGCAAGAGGGCUUGAUAUUUCAGCUCAGUAAUGACACAGGCCCAUACUUCACCCUCUAUCUGAAGAUGGGCAGGAUCAACGUGCAGACCCUGUCGGACACCCCUGCAGUGGCGCCCAUGUACUGUGCCAACGGAGAGAAGCAGCUGCUCACCGUGCAUUCCAGUGAUGGCAGGGUCACGGUCGGACAGUCUCAUCUGGAUUAUAAACUGACCCAGCUGCCUUCCGUCUCAGUCGAGGCUGGGGAUGUAGCCCAUGUUGGAGGCCUUUCUGUGGAAGAGGAUGCAUCUGCCUGGGGAGGGUAUUUCAAGGGCUGUUUGCAGGACCUGCGGCUUGACAACUCGCUCCUGGAGUUCUUCCCUCUGGAGAACGGUAACUCCAGCAUGACAAAAGACAUGUACGGCUUCAGGAAGACUGUUAAUGUCACGCAGGGUUGCCACAGCGAUGACACCUGUCGGUCUGGACCCUGUGAGAAUGGAGGCUCCUGUCAAGUGACCUGGAACGACUUUGUCUGCUCGUGUCUUGCGAACUUCACCGGCAGGACGUGUGAAAGGAGAGUGUGGUGCAGCAGCAGCCCCUGUCCACACCUCAGCCAGUGUGUGGACGUGCCUGGGGGCUACGAGUGCAGAGCAAAUGCAACAUUUCAGGAAAACAACACUAUUGAAUAUGCUGCCAACAAGUCUCUCAACUGGCCAGUAACAAGCAUUUCCCUGGACGUGAGGACCAGAGAUGGGAAUGCGGUUCUUCUGCGAGCCACCAACCAAGUGGAACUUUUCUGCAUUGGACUCCACAACUCCACACUGCUGGUCAAGCUGAGGACAGAGAACAGUGUGGAAAUAGUCACCAUACAGAGCGACUUCCCCAUCACAGACGGCCUGUGGCAUAACAUCAUGGUUGGUAUGACGGAACCGAAGCAGGGGUCAUCGAGAUGGGCCAUCACGGUGGACGGGAAACAGAACGGAACCAGCCUGGGCGAGGCUGGCAACCUCAACUUCCUCAACGAAUCUACUGUGAUGCUGGCUGAGAAUUACACAGGCUGCCUCGGGACUGUGAGAGUGGGUGGAGUGUAUCUCUCUUUCACCGAAGACCACACAGUACCGCAGCGGGAGCAGUUUAUCAAGCGCAGCGGGGAAGAGAUUCAAAUCGGGUGCAGAGGAAACCCGGUCUGCACUCCAAACCCCUGUUACCAUGAGGGAAAGUGUGAGGAUCUGUUUAACUUCUUUGAGUGCAGUUGUCCCCAGGGCUGGGGUGGGCUAUAUUGCCAGUCUAAUAUUGACGACUGCCAGUCCAGUCCCUGUCUCCAUGGCAAUUGUACUGACUUGCUGGCUGGCUACAAGUGCGACUGUUACCCAGGUUACACUGGGAGGGACUGUGAAACAAACAUUGAUGACUGUGCUGAAAACCUGUGUCAGAAUGGAGGGGUGUGCUCUGAUGGUAUCGACACUUUCAGCUGUGCCUGCCCUCAUCAGUUCACAGGUCCUCUAUGCCAGUGGCCCUACCCGCCAUUGCAGUGUGGGAAGGAGUUCUGGUGUCAGAACGAUGGAGACUGUGAAGAUGGCAUCUGGGGAGCUAAAUGUACCUGCAGGACUGGCUUCACUGGAGAGAGCUGUGAAACUGAUAUAAAUGAGUGCGUCCCCAACCCCUGCCUCAACAGUGGCACCUGCCGAGACCUGGUCAACAAUUACGAGUGCAGCUGCGGUGCCAGCUAUGUGGGACAGCGCUGCGAGACUGAUAAACAGGAGCAGACAGACACAAUCCCCGUGGUGGUGAUAGCUGUGCCGGUGGUCUGCGGCUGCUUGCUGCUCAUGAUUAUCGGCCUUAUUUUCAUGGUGCUCACUGCAAGGAAGAGGCGGCAGUCUGAGGGGACCUACAGCCCCAGCCAGCAGGAGGUGGCAGGGGCCCGCUUGGAGAUGGGCAGCGUCCUCAAAGUGCCCCCGGAAGAGCGCUUGAUCUGAAUGGCACCUCCCCCUUCCUGGGUAGGACUUUGGAAUGGUUGGCAUCAGAGUUGCUUGACUGACUCGGUGCACGUUGAUUUGUACAGCACUUGGACAUUGGGAUUGCUGGAUUUUACUUACUACUGACUUCUGUCUUAUACACUGAAUUGAUUCCACUCAAGCAGUACAGGGGUCCUGCUAGACUACACUGUACUGUAAUGAUGUAAUGAAAUGACUGGACAGAGGUGGGAUAUGAGUUUUAUAAUUAGCUACUGGUAGGGGAUGUGUUAGAUGCCCUGAGUCUCCUGUUUUAUAUCAAGUCAAGCUCAGAAAAUCACUUCAUGAACUCAGCCCAGCAUUUCUAGAUAGCUGUGGCUGGUUAUAGUUCAUGUGAAGUGCCUUGUUCUGAGACUAAAUUACAAUAACCUUUUUUUUAUAUCUAGGCCUAAUCUGGAAAAUGUAUAAAUACGUUUUGUGCUUUUUUUAAGGCUACACAACUUAAAUUAUUAUUGUUCAGGAUGUUUGAAUUUCCUUGCAUUUUGUAAAUGCCUGUAUUGUUUUGUGUAAACCAGGAUGAUUCCAUCUAAGAGCUAGAAUCUCGUGGAUUUAAUCGGUUAUACCAACAGUGCUAAUGUAAGUUUUGGUAAACAAAGUUGGAAAUGUUUGUUUCCCUAAACUUCUUUAGUAUCACUGAGAAUGUUAUGAUGUGUUUGGAGUCCUAACACGGUAAUUGAAUACAUGAUCUGUUUGGCCUCAAGCACUGUGCCACUCUUUAAACGGUGCUGUUUGUAGUUCAAGCUCCUUCAUCUUGAACGACAUCUUUGAACUCUGUGCCACUACUGAAUCUGAAAAACCUAUAAAUAUUCUGAACAAUCUCAUGUAUAAAACUGGACAUGGUGUAUAUGUAUUAUUUGAUUAAGACAGAUUUUUGGUAAUACAAAUGGUGUUCAAUUCCCCAAAGAAACAAUAACUUUGUUGUCUACAAUUAACUUUGUUAUCUACUUAACGGUUUUGUUUGGAAGAAUGUCCUGGAAAAAGUGUAAUCCACAUAAUGUGCAUAUAUGUGUGAACCUUACCAUUCUCGUAUAACAAUAGCUAGCAAUAAUUCAAAUAAAAACAUCAUCAGUAUACCACUACUGAUACUGAAAAAACAGCGCUGUUGGAUGGUACAAAAUAAACCAGUGUUACAGUAUGA